AUGGAAGGCGUACGCCAAAAGUGCCGGCCAAAACACCAGGUCCUGAUUCUUAAAUGCUACCCGCAGUAUCAAAAAGGAAUACAAUAUGUUAAGCCGAAUUCAAGUGAACUCUCGUACCUUCUCUACUAUGCUAGUACACGUCGGAGCAAGUUGACCAAGGUUGGUGCCUUUCUGGAGAAAAGGGCCGCCCGGGAUGUGUGGCGCCGAAAGAUUGGAAAUGUACAGGUUACACUUCAAAUCCUCAGCGCGCUUAUCGAAAAAGUUCCCCGCGACCUACCCAUCUACGCACGAUCGGUCAUGACAGUAAUCGAAACAGUCCUGCGUUCCAAUGAUAUCACGAUGGUCGAGGAUACCGUCUCAACAUUUGAAAUGUUCUGCGCUCACCAGGACAUGGCCGCUUUAUCGGCGGAACAGGAUUUUGCGAGCCAGUACCGAGAAGUGGUGCGGAUCUAUGCGAGUUUCGCAGACCUCGAAUCGUCUUCCCAGUUGAAAACUGCCCCCAGCCCUCAGUUAGCGAUUCGAUGGAGAAAUGCCGGGUUACGAGCACUCAAAAGUGUGAUUAGUUCUGAAGCAGGGCUGGCUGAAGAUGGUGGGGACUCUUUGAAGAUUGUUUUGCCAGUAGUCCUGCAAAAUCUUUAUAAUGGGGAGGAUGACUUGCUGGAUACGCUUGAGCAAAGGCUCCAGGGGUCCGAGAAAACUGAGACCGAAACGCAACCACGGAGAUUGAGCACCGCCACUGUCGAAACGGUCGAUGCGACGGAUGGAGACCCAUCGUUGGCGGCGCGGACUACGGCGGAUAUGGACAGACAAGCAGAAAUGGACGUGAGUCUGCUUGCUCUGAGUUGUCUGGAACGGAUAGUUGUUACCGGAAGCGGCCGGGGUCAGAUUCGAGUCACCACGAAGGUGGUGUUGGAAUUCAUCCUGCGCAAAGGACAAACCGACAAUCGGAAGCUGUCGCUGGAUACCAAAAAUACCUGGGAAACAUCACUAAUUGAACUGGUUGCUAAAUGGUGUCCUGUUCAGGCCCGUUUUAUCAUCUUAGCUGCUGCUAUGGAACUGCUUCUUGUUAUCAAGCCAACGGAGGAUGCUCUGGAUGGGGCUUUUACGAUUAUAUAUAUGAUUGAUCGGCUCUUGAAAUCACCCGUGAACAUGAUUGGACUUAGUAUUAUUGACGUCCUGCUGGGCCUCAUGCAAUACAUGUCCUCAUUAGUAUCACCGCCGCGUGCACCGGAUGAGAAACAAAAUGGUCAUUCUGACAGCAUGACCGAGCCAUCUGCCAAAAGACAGGAACUGCUUUCUCUCCUUCAGAAUUGUAUCGGGGAUCUUACGACGCAUGUCUAUUAUGGUGAUCAAGUCGUAGAUAUGAUCAGAGCGAUCCUCACACGUCUCCGUCCUUCCGCUACCAAUGAACAUGCUACACUAUCGUCCGUUCCGAUCCAAUUUGAUGGCUUUGGAGCAGGUGCUAGUUCCAAUGGCUCCCCUGGGGAAACCAGACACAUAGUAUUUGGUUUACCCAGUGCAAAGGUUACGGCGCUGAAAGCUAUUAAAAAUGUCCUUCUUGUUGCCAACUCCAAGCAGCCCGCGGAAGUAGCUACUGUUGAAUCCCGACAUCAGGUGGGUAGUUAUGUAUGGGAAGGGACGCAGUGGCUGUUACAUGAGCCCAAUCGAAAUGUUCGUUAUGCAUAUGUCGACGCGUUCCUGACCUGGCUGAGGAUGGAAACAAAGCAGAAUGAUCUCAAGGUCAAGGAAAAGACUGGCAAGUCUAGCCAAUCGCAGAAACGUGAGCUGUAUGAUAUCGCGGAGAAGCCGGGAAAACGGACAUCAAGCUCGAAUGCAGGCCAAAGAGAAAGGGUGAUGGUAAUGGCACAGUCAAAUUUCCUCCGACUACUUCAUUUGACUAUCUACGAUAUUGCGGUCGAGUGCCCCGAAGAAAGUUCCGAAGUCUCACUUCUUCAUCUGCUUCUGGUUAGUCUUGUUGAGCAUCUUGGCGUGAAUGCCGUUAGAUAUGGGCUUCCAAUGGUGCUCAAGCUUCAAGAAGAUAUGACCACUGUUGAUAGCCUUAGCUCAAGCGUUGCGCAAGUGAAUAUUGGAAGCUUGGUGUUCGGUUACUUGUGGCAAUUGGCCGAGAAGUUCAACCUAGAGAGGUGCAGAGUGGGAAAUGUAAUCCACAGUGAGAUUGAAAAGAGGCAAAGAUACGGUCUUUGGCUUGAACAGAUCCGCUUGCCGCCAGCCAGUCUCGACGACAACGCUCGGGAUCGCACGGUUGGAACUCCCAACCGUGGUGUUACAGAGAUGCGCGAGUUAACUCCCUUCGGAUAUGGUAUCGAAGAACUCGUCAAUAGAAUCGAAGAGUCGUACAAUUUGUUCGUGCUAUCGGCAACUCACAGCCCUCCAAGUUCCCCCGGGCGAAACUUUACCACCCCUAUUUUGGCGCAUGCCACACCCAGUGCAAGUGCUCAAAAGGCAAGCCUCCUUCCAUCCGCUGCCAAGGAGCAGAUGCUCUCAGUAUGGUCCAGGGAAGCUUGCUUGGCAGCCGCCGAAAAAGAAAAGGCCGAGGCAUUGUCUCUCAGCGGCUCAAAAUCCGGGACUCUAGCAAUGCGCAGCCAGAUCUACCACAACGGGGGUAGCUCUGGUUCCACGGCGUCACCAGCAUCGGCACAGCAAGGUCUGUCCGGAGCAGCAGCAGGCCUGCACAAUGCCCAGCGGACAAGCGUUCCUAAUUCCUCAAGUUCCCAGAUCAACGGAUCUAGUCGAGACUCUCCUGUCCACGUCAAUGAGUUAAGAAGAGUUCUUUCCGUCAACAAUGAAGGCAAGAAUCGGCGAUUGAGCCCACUACGGGGCCGCCUCGACACUUCGAAUGGCAGCAUUGUCUCUUCGAGUAGUGAGAGCAUGGUCAGUGGCUUUUCCUUGUCUGAGAUCGACGGAGAAGGAUCUUCGCUGAGGCCUCAAUCUCUCAAGAGCGGUCGAACGGGUCUAGAAGGUGACAGCCUGGCUCAGUCAUCUAUACAGGCUUACGAAUCGGGCCCUGACGGGAUUCCGCCCGUGCCUCCGAUCCCACCGUCAUUGUCUAUACCCAGUGGCUUUCCAAACGAUUCUCAACGCUCAGUAUCCUGCGAUCGACCGUCGACUGCUCCUGGGCCACGCAGGCAACCUACUUCCAGCGCGAAGUUCGGGACAAUCGCUCCACCCGGCAAAUCUCUCAGUAAACACAAAAGUCGUUCUAGCACUGGCCUUGCGGCUGCAGCCGUCGACGGAGCUGAGUGUUCUAAAACCCAAACUGGCGCUGACAUGGAAGACGCCUUGAAUACUACGACGAAUGAUGUGCAAAGUCUCCUAGGUAGCUUCCUGUCGCCGAUGGAUGCCGAGUGCAGGAAGACCACAAGGAGGUCAAGAAUCAGCCGACGCAGUGUGACUGGAGGGAUCGGACGUCCUCCUUACUAA